ACAUGGAACACAAAACAUUCUAAAUUAGUAAUCUAGAAUUUAAUCAAAACAUUCAAUAUAGAAAUCCUGUGAAUUGUUUGUGCGUAUAUUAUAUUGCUAAAGAUCACCUAAUUAGCAAUAGGAAUUUGUGUAUGAUAUAGUAUAUUAAUAGAGGAUACGUCUGCUGGUUAUGGUUGUACUUUCCUUUCCUUUUCUAUUUAAAUAUAUUUUUUAUAUUUUCUAAAUUGAACCUAAUGAAGCUUCAGGCUUUCUCAGGAAUACCGCACAGUAGCCUAUGUGUUACAACAAUGUCACUACAGAGUACAUUUAAGGGCUAAGGAAACAGCUCAAAGGUUUCAUUAUGCCUAUUCCUCAUAUAACCUAUAAUAGUUGCGAGACUUUGAGAAAUUCUGUUAUUUAUGUGAAUAAUGUUAAUAUUAGCAUGCUCAGCACCAUACAUGGACAGAUGCGUUUUGUCUGAUGGGCUCUCAUAUUGCGAGCAGAUGGUACCUACCAUAUAUGGUUGUAGCGCGAAUAUGAACAGCCUAUCCUACUUAAUUGAGAUGAUGUCCUUUCAUAUAAUUAAGCUAAUAUUCUACGCUUAUAAUGAUAAUACUCUGUGUGUGUUUGUGGGAGGAGACCAUUUUUUUUAAACGUUUUCUUCUCAGAUUAAAACAAGCUAGGGAGAAUACUAGGUAUCAUCUGUUUAAUGCUGCCAUUAAGUAGAAUAAUAGUCUAUUUUAUCAAAGGAUACACAAGAACACAUACACACACACACUUAUAUAUAAAUAUAUAUAUAUAAUUAUAAUUUAAUUAUACUUAAAUUAUAUAUAGUCAGAUUAUACUUAAAUUAUAUAUAUAAUUUAAGUGACAGUCUUAUUACUGUUGCCUGGUAGCUAAACUUAUGUGGAGUGACAUAAUGAUAUUAAACAAAUGAUAUUAGAAUUUCUUUUUUAUAAAGACUUAUGCCUUACGUUAACUUUAAUACUUUCGUUAUUCUUGUUUUGAAAACAGAUCAGCUGAUGUAUCAACUAUCAAUGUUAUGCCAUGUGUACUUUAGAAAAAAUAUUUUUGACAAGAUUUGUUUUAUAGAAAAAAAAAAAACAGUAAAUAAGCCAUUGUGUAUCCGGAUAUAAGCCGGGUACCCAGGUGUAACCAUACUGCACCCGCUUCAGGGCCUUUAACUGAAACUCUGACAGGGUCAGAUUGUUACUGAGCUGUUUUGCACUAGCAAUCAAACAAUCAAGGUGAGUGUUCUACAUACACUUAGUUUAUCAGUGAUUAAGUACAUAAAUUCAAUGAAAUGAAACAAACCUAAACUGUUACAACCAGCACUGAACGAAGAGUUUUCCAAUUUUAAUAUAGACAAAUAGACAACUGGAAUUAGCGUCAUGAUAUUAUAGGACAUUUUCACAGUUCCAGUUCCACUUCUGUGACGUUGCUCCUUUCUAUUGCUAUAAAGUACAAAUAUUAAGGAGAUAUUAAACACACGCUUGCUCCGCGUCUGGAGAGGCUACAUUGUAGUUCACCAGAAACAGGCUGUACAUCCUGACAACAUUAGCAUUACAAGAGAAUAACACUUCUAAAAUAUUUGCUUCCAUUUUAUAAUUUAUUUGAAUCGUACAAAAAUAGCAACAGUCUGUCUUUUAUUUCUCGUCUGAAGACCAACUUUCUUAAAAGUAAUUUCAUUCAGUAUCACCAAUAAAAAAACAUAUGGAUAAAGAUAGGUUUUACUCUUCAUAUUUGAAUUGCAUUAAACCUAAUGACAGAAAACACAAUAUAAAUGUAUUAUUAAAGAAACUUGGUGCACAAUGUAUAAAUACGUAUCAACUAACCUGAAAAACAAAACACGGAAAGACAGUUCAUAAAGUUCAUAAAAUUCCUUAUCCAAUCUAAGAUACGGUUUGCAAAGAUAUAUUUUGCUCUCUCGAAUGCUGUUCUCGAGAAGGACUGAAAAGCAUGUGCUAAUAAACAGUGCACAAAACUGGCCAGGGCAAAAGCACACAAACACAGUGAUUAAGUACCUAAGUUUAUCAGUAAAGUUCACAAUACAAAAGUAUCAGUUUUACAGAGACUCCCAUGGCUCUCCAAAUGUGCUUCUCAGGAAAGAUGGCGUGUUUCAGUGGAUAUGCUUUUUAAACUACUCUAGUGUUAAGAGUGCACCAACAUCUGCUCUGCAAGGAAAGAACUAAAAUAUUUGGUGAGGCCAGAGACCCCUGCAUUAUUUUCUCGACUAGAGUCUGAUGCACACACACUCGAGAAAACGCUGGUUCUCAUGUUAAGUUUCUCGCUCAGUGUAGAUUAUCUAUAAAUCUAGCAAUAGCUUUGAAACACUAGUUUUAAAAUUUAAGUAUUGUUUUUAAAUAGAUGCAAAUGUAAUAAGGACACUGACAAACUGGAGUUACUGGAGUUUCACGCUUGUUAUAGUAAUAUAAUACAAAAGUAUCUAGUUUAUUAUUACCGCUUUCCUCUGUAUGUGAAAAAGUUCAGAAUUCCAGGUAAAAUUGGGAAAGAACCUUGAUCUAUUUGACAGGGCCAGUUUAGGGUACUCCCACCUCAAAGUGCUGUCAUAAACAGGGUGCGUAAAUAUGUGCUUUCCUAUAAAUAUGAGCAUGUUUCACUUAUUGAAAGCUUACUUUAUGCAGUUUAGCUUUAUGUUGUCAAUGUGCUCCAAUACAGAUAUACGCAAAUUUCUAAAUUAAUUUGUUAAAAUGCAAAUUAGUUUAAAAUACGCCUAGUGCUCGACUUAAAAUUCUACAAAGUAUAGAAAGUAAUUAUUUACAUCAAUCAUUGGAAAUAACUUGGCCAUGUCCUUGUACGGUUGUCUUAAAAAUACAAAUACUUAGAUAAUUUUUCUUUAUUAUUUUUCAGUAGUUUCCGUUAUAAUGAACAAUUUCAUUUCCAAAUUAAUUUGAAGUUAAAUGUAUAUAUAAUAGGUAAAUAAAUAAAUAAGCACGCAUUGCCUGAGCACUCAGAUGUUUCAGGGUACCAGACAUACAACUCUUUUUCACCUCGAUCCUCCAUUUUGGCUUGGUGAGUGCUGGUUAUAUGUAUAACUACAGGAUACUCUAAUGCAGUUUUAUUAACGACACGAACAAUCAGAUUUUUUCCUCAUAAAAAUUUAUUGAGGGACAUGAAAGCAUGCACCACCACUUGCCGAAUAUAAUCGCUGUUGUGGCCAAGUGUUCAAGCACCGUUUCCCACCUCCUCAGUUUUUUAAAACUACGUUUUAUGGGGGAUGCCCCAAAUCGGAUUUAUUUAAAACUGGUGGUAACCAAAGUUUCAGUGAGAAAUAUCAAGCCAAAAUCUUACAUCUGUACCACAAAUAAUUCAGUUUUAUUCAUAUUUCAACAAAGUCUGUCUCUUCCAAUAAUACGUUACAAAAUAUAAAGUAAUAAAACCAUCAGCGACUUACAUAAAUGAUGGAUUGUUAAUUAUAAUAACAAUGGGGAGAGGAUGCGCAAAAACCUAGACAGAGCAAAGCGAGAAGGCUAUAUGCUCGACAAAGAUGAAUUACAGAGAGAAAUAGUGCCCCUAUAAGAUAAUAAUACUUUCUAAUCGAAGCCAAAUGUCUUCUCUCAUCUGAGAAAUACAUGUUAGGGCAAUAUAGUAUCUAUUUAUAGUACAGCGUGUAAGGUUACCUAAUGAAACAUCUGAAUUAAGCAGCCUACUGCAAUCCUGAAGUGAAUUGGUAUUGCAAGACAACCCGCGCAUUGAUCUGCUGUGCACUUUUUUUUCCUGGGGGUAAAUGUAAUCACGUGUUUCAUAGUCGUCCAAUCGCAGCCGGGGAAGCUUUCAGAAAUAAUUACCUGGCUUGAUUGUUCUAUGGGCAGAUAAAAAAAAGUACACAUGCACUCCAUAUAAUAAUCGGAUGCAUGUAAAAGAGACGGAAACAGCGCCAUGUCGACUACGGGUCCCAUAAGUAAUUAUUAUGUGGAUUCCUUGAUCAACCAUGAAAGCGAGGAUGUUCUGGCGUCUCGUUUUCCGACUACUGCUCCGAUGUCCUCCGGCUCACGCCCGACGCCUCUCGUGCCGGAGUGCGUGGAUUAUCCGUCGUGCAGCUUUGCCCCGAAACCACCAGUUUUCACUACCUCUUGGGCCCCUGGUCAUUCACAGUCGUCGGUGGUUUACCACCCGUACACACACCAACCUCACUUAGGAACGGACUCGAGGUAUGUCCGCUCGUGGCUAGAGCCUAUUCCUGGUACUGUGUCCUUUCCAGGCUAUGCAGCUAACAGCAGGCACUAUGCGCUAAAGCCUGAAGCCUUUCAGGAUCCCCGAACUACAGACUGUUUAUCUUCAAACGGACGCACCUAUUCGGAUUAUGUCUACUGUUCGGCGGUCGACAUCAGGGACAAGCAGCAGAAUGCAUCUUCCCCCGAGUCUGAGAUCGUUUCUUCCGGAAAGCACAAAGACGAGAAGGCUGAACUGGACCCAAAUAAUCCCGUGGCCAAUUGGAUCCACGCGCGCUCCACCAGAAAGAAGCGAUGCCCUUACACAAAAUAUCAAACACUUGAACUCGAAAAGGAAUUUUUAUUCAAUAUGUAUCUAACGAGAGACCGGCGAUACGAGGUGGCCAGAGUGCUGAACCUGACGGAACGACAGGUCAAAAUCUGGUUUCAGAACCGACGAAUGAAGAUGAAGAAAAUGAACAAGGAAAAGAGCGACAGCAAAGAAUAAAACGUCCAAAACUUUUACUGAAUACAGACUGAAGGAAAGUUUAGAAAUUUGUCUUAAGUCUUAAUAGUUAUCUCCUUCCUUGCAACAGGAACAGAAAACAUCAAGACACAAUGAUAGUGCUCUUAAUACGGUGUAAUUAUGAUUUCUUGUGACUGCAAUUUUACCAACCUUUGUUUGUAUUAACACUAUAAGUAAUUGCACAACUCAGCCUAUUUGGAUUUAGAUUACGAUUCUUUAUUUUACAUUCUUUAAGAAAUGCCCCCGGCGUAGAAGCAAGACAAUACUUGAACUCCUCAACUUCUAAACUUCGUAAUUUAUAAUUUUUACCUGAAUGUUUCUCCGAUGUGUGUUUUGAUUAUUUGUUAAAGGUGUAGAACUUCGAUAUUUUGUAACAAGUAACAUAGUUUAAAACAUUUGCGUCAAUGUGAUCUUGCUGUUUUUAAUGUAAUUGUUUGUGCAUUUUCAUUAUUCAUUUUCAUAAAAUUGUAAAAAAGUUCAAUAUGUAUUGUAGAUGCUUAAAUAUACUCUACUGCCAUCCUAUCAGCGUAAUUUGUCCCAUUUUCUGACUAUCAGUGCUAUAAAACGAAUACAUUUGGAGACAUUUGGAGCUGGCUGAAGUGUAGCUUGAAGACAGAUUUUGGCCUCCACGUAGCAAUGUCCUCAUCUGGAAAGAAUCGAGGUUGGGCUCACUGGGAAAGUCAUGCACGAUGACAAGGCUACACUGUAAAGCGUUUGUCAACGUACAUGUCAAAAGUUGCCCUUAAACAUGGGCCUACAAAUAUACCAAACACACCGGAAUGUGGUGUGCUGCAUGCCCAUGCCAUGCACAAGCCAUAUAUAUGGUAAAGGAUAAUCCAUAACACACUAAGCCACUAAGCCGCGUUAUUAUUUGUCCAAGACCUUGUUACGCAAGCUUUUUUUUUCCGGGCAAGAAGUUGAGCUUGGUGGAUGGACCAGAACCGCUGUGGUUAAAGUUUUAGACUCUUUUAGAAUUUAAACAUAAUAAGACAACAACAAUAAAAAAACAACAACAACAACAACAACAGUCAAAUAACGUCACCAUCAUCAACAAGAACAACAAGAACAAGAAAAAGAACAACAGCAACAACAACAACAUUAACAUCAUCAUCAUCAUCAACAACAACAACAGCAGCAGCAACAACAACAACAACAACAACAACAAUAAUAAUAAUAAUAAUAAUAAUUCACUUGAUCAUAAUAUUUGUUCACAGACUUUUACAAAACAAUAUCUAGGCAAGCAUUUUUCUUCACACUUAAAUCAAAUAAAAUUGCAGCAAAAUGAAACAAACUGGAAUAAAUUAUGAAAUGUUGUUAUUGAAAAAAAAAAACUUAGCUGAUUUUCUCGAAAAAUUUGCAGCACAUUUAUUAUUGUUAAAUGUUAGCAUGAGCAUCACAUUUAACACCCUCUCUACCAGUGUGGAUUAUCUUAUCUUACUACGGUUUUGGGAAACUUGGCCUUUCUUUACUAUACACAGAUUUCAUAUAUAGACUUAAUCUACAUCAAACUGUAGAGAGUAGUGGUUCAGGCCUACUUAAGAAAAAAUAUUUUUUAUGUGCAGUUUGAGAGGUUAUUAACAUUUAGUUAUACACACCCUAAUUGCUGAUGUUUACUGUUUAAUUAAACAGAUUAAUUUGACUAUAUCAUGAAAUUUAGACAAAGGUACCUUGCAUUUUCUCUCUGUAUGCAUAGAUAUGUAUACAUCUAGGUGUGAAUUUAGGUAAAAUAAUUUGAUAUGUCUGGCUUUGGUUUCCUGUGCUCAGCUGAAAUUGGCUUUUUGUGGCUCUUAACAAUGCGAACAGGAUGCCGAGAUUUCAAAGCCCAGUCAGCCGCAUUUCCGCACAGGACAAAAAAAAUGCUAGUUUUACAGCCCUUUUGGAGUUUGCGUUGUUUGUCGCAGAUGCAGACCAACAAAGAAAACCUGGCUAACUGGCUAGACGUCUGGGCUAAAUUACUUUAUGGCUUUGUGAGCUGGUGGAGGUGCCGUUCACAGAAAAACCAAUUCACUCAGUAUGCUGGACUAAGACAACUGAAUUUCGCCAAAAGUUCAGGACAACUGCAGAGAACUGAAACAAAACAGCAUGAUUUUAUUUUUACUUUAAGGUACGUGUGAAACUGCUCGGUGCACAGACUCGUUAAUUUGCCAGUGUAACCGUAAUAUAACUUCAGAUACCUAAUGCCACAGAUUAACUGCCUUUUUUUAUUUACGAUUGCAAUUCAAGCGAGGCUUAUUUUAAGUAGCACUCAGCGAGCGAGAGAAUCAGAUAGAUUCAAUCUACCAUGUUUUAUGAUAGUGUUUGUCUGGCAUUUGCCUCACGUUGAAUUUACCGAUUAUUUAAAAAAAUUAAGUAAAUAUAACGCUAGAUGGCGAUGUUGCCUCACAGUUUGGGUGGAUUGAGACAACGUGAGCUGGGAAAACUGGUAAAAAGAAUGGAAGCUUCCACUAUUAAUCACCCGUUCGUAUAAACCAGUGGUAAAUUGUCAACAAUCUGAUGUGUUAAACCGUCAUCCAUUUGAUCACUGUCCUAAAUGUUUUUUUUUUCUGAGUUUCUUUUUUUUUUUUUGAGAAUUCUUUAUGUCCUUUUAUUUAUUUUUUAUUUUUUUCAAUUUUCGUGGCCUUAUCUGCUUUCCAGAUUUUCUGCUUGUGCUUUCUAAAGACCGGUCUGAACAUUAUUGUACACUGUG